GAUACCGACUGUUUCCUCCCCCCCUCUUCCCUCAGUCUCCGUGCUGUAGUCCUUGCUGUGUGUUUCUCUCAGCUCUCUGUUGUAGCACCGAAGGGAGGAGCCAAGCGCCAAAGCACUUGCUCGGACACACACGCAGACACACACACACACUCUCUGAUAUCGCACAGCAUCUCUCCUGCACACUCACUCCCAGCAGCAGCCAGCCAGGCCCGUUUUGGAGCAGGGGAGCCCGCUUGUCCUGUCGCCCGCAAUGGAUGUACUGAUGAAGGGGUUCUCUAUGGCCAAGGAGGGGGUGGUGGCCGCAGCAGAGAAGACCAAAGCAGGCAUGGAGGAGGCAGCAGCCAAGACCAAGGAAGGGGUGAUGUAUGUAGGCAGUAAGACGAAGGAGGGAGUAGUGUCAUCAGUAAACACAGUGGCCAACAGGACCGGGGAUCAGGGCAACAUCGUCGGAGACACAGCGGUUGCUGGCGCCAACGAGGUGUCACAGUCGGGUGUGGAGGGAGUCGAGAACGUCGCCGCGUCAACCGGGCUGAUCAACCAGGAGGAGCCUGUAUACGAGGGAGAGUACGGAGGGAUGGAGCAGGGCGGGGAAGGAGGACAGGGGUAUUAGUGAUCUUCAGGACCCUCCAGCAGCCCCUCCGCCUCCUCACCCCCCCGUACCAGACUCCGGUUGUCCAGCAUAUUUUUUUGUGACUUUAUGGAACCAAAAUCAACUUCUACAGACUCUUCUGGAUGCUGCACCUCAGCCCCCGUCCCUGAUGCCUUCUCCUGUUAACUCCCCCUCACUGCCUGUCCUCACCCUCUCUCCUCCCUGCUCCAGUUUUCUGUAGCUUUCCUUCCACCCCCCCCCUCCCCCCCUUGUACCCCCACCCUGCCUCACCUCCGUGUUAGUGUCGUGCUGAUGCAAACCCCAGUGUUGCCGCCACCCUUCGCCUGCCAACUCAUAGAGAAAUCUCCAACCAGUGUACAGUACAACCACUCACACCUUAAUUAGGCGCAGGAAGGAGACACCCACCUACAGUACAUACAGUAAAUGCCAGCAGACACCACAGAACGGGCAACUGAGAAGCUUCUCUAUGUGAAGCCAGGAAGUCGUUGUGUGACCGAGGCACGAGAGGGUGCCUGAGCCGCAGUCAGUGUGCUUCUGUUUUCAUUGUUAACUUGUGUGCAUGUGCAGCCGCUGGUGUACGAAACAAAAAUCAGCAGGGAAUGGUGCAUUGGUGACAGAUAUCUCUGCUACAUGUGCAGUAGUUAGUGACAGUACUGCAUGAGCAGAUGUGAACCGUAGAGUAGCAGCUGUUGUGUGUAGCUUUGUAUGGCUUAGUGUGUGUUUCGCCUCAGCAUUUAGAAACAGUGGAAGAGAUUCAGUGUUUAACUCGGCUGUUAGUGGCGAUGUGAUGUAAUGUGAUGCAUGAGAGUCCAAGAGCAUUUUCAAAUCUGUUUUUUUUUUUUCAAUUAUGUUUUACAUUUGUGGAUGGAAAAUCUACCUUAAAGUGGAAAAAAAAUAUAUAUCAUAAGCGUUUAACAAUCAGUUGCUGAAUUUCCCUGAUGACACCCAAAUUCUCAUCAAUAAACUACAAUUAGAUGAACUGAGAAGUGCUACAUCGGACUUUUCCAGCGUGAAUCGAACUUGCAUCCAGAGAAAAUGGGAAGAACUUUUAUGAUUUUAUGUGUUCACAGUGAAGCCAGCCUAUCAGAUAGUUUAUCAAAUUAAAAUGAGAGGGAAGUCGUCACUUUUAUUAUGUUGUUAUUGAAAAGUCGCAGUAGUUGAGUUUAACCUUGAAUCCGAGUGAUCUUUCAGGUCAAACAACCUAAAGAUCAUUUGGCAGCUUCAGUUCGUUCUUGUGUUUCCAUCUUUGUGAAACUGGUUUAUGUCACAGAGAGAAACAAGCAGCUUGUUUGUCUGCUUUUUCUGUGAUUAAAAAAAAAUAAAAGUAGACGUUCAUGGAUGGGGUAAAUCUGCUAAUGGAGGUCAGAGAAAGCUUGGGUGUCAUCACAGCUCAUGUGUGUGUACAGCUGUGUGUUGCUUGACCUCUGGGACAUGUAGCUGUUUUUAAUAAAGGUUUUAGUCCGACUCUUGUUGUUUUGAAGCUCCCGCCUCAGCUAUCUUAGCCAGUCAGACGUCACCUUUAACUGUUGAUGUGCCCAGCGCCACCCCCGCCCCCCGAUAUGUGUUGUAUGUGUGCGCGUACAUGUGUGUGUUGUCACAGAAAAGGUUCAGCCAGCAAAGUGUGCGUGUGUGUUUUUACUUUGAGGCCAAUGGAAACUGAUGGCUGCAUGUUGCCUUACGAAGCAAUCUCACAGACACCCAGACACGCACACGGACAUCAUGUUACACCGACACCAACGCAGAGCUCAGUCCAAACAUGCACAACUCAGACUCCACCACAAACGCACACACGCAAAUCACACACUGUUUAAGUUGGCAUCGAAUCAGACUCGCUGAUUUUAUAAACUGUACCAGUGAAAAUAAACCAGUUUUUGUUGAAAUCAA